UCUCUUUAUGGGUUGAAACAAGCUCCUCGAGCUUGGAAUGAGCGUUUCACUACUCAUUUGCUCACUCUUGGUUUUAUUCAAUCCUUGGCUGAUACCUCUUUGUUUGUUCGUGCUUCUGGGAGUGAUCUUCUUGUUCUUCUAUUGUAUGUCGAUGAUAUCAUCUUGACUGGUAAUAAUGGUGUCUUGAUUCAGCAAACAGUUACAGCUCUAAGCCGUGAAUUUGAUAUGAAAGAUCUCGGCCAAUUAACCUAUUUUUUGGGACUUCAAAUUCAUUACACUUUCACAGGUAUUCAUGUUAACCAAUCAAAAUAUGCCACUGAUCUUCUUAUUAAAGCUGGUAUGACACAAUGCAAGCCUUGUUCUACACCAUGUUUACCUACAACAAAGUUAUUCAAGUUUGAUGGCAAACCUCUAUCUGAUCCUACACUCUAUAGGAGUUUAGUAGGUGGUCUUCAAUACCUUACCUUCAGCAGGCCUGAUAUUGCCUUUGCAGUGAACACUCUUUGCCAGUUUAUGCAUACACCUACAGAUACACAUUUUGCUGCAGUCAAACGUGUGUUGCGCUACUUGGCUGGUACUCUGACCCAUGGUAUUCAUUUCACCUCUGGUGAUGCUCAUCUACAAGCCUACUCCGAUGCAGACUGGGCAGGUGAUGUUAAUGAUCGACGCUCCACGACUGGGUAUGUUGUAUUUCUUGGCAAUAAUCCUAUCUCUUGGUGUGCAAAGAAGCAGAGCACAGUUUCUCGUUCUUCAACAGAAGCCGAAUAUAGGGCUCUUGCUAUCACUGCAGCUGAGUUAUCCUGGCUCCGCCAACUCCUCUGUGAUCUUCAUGUUUUUCUUGAUCGUCCACCUGUCCUUUGGUGUGACAAUAUUUCAGCUCUAGCUCGUGCUAGCAACCCUGUGUUUCACUCCCGCACUAAGCACAUCGAGAUCAACUUUCACUUCAUCCAUGAAAGUGUUACUCGGGGUGAUCUGCUGGUUUCUCAUAUCCCUAGUAGUAAUCAACUUGCUGACAUCUUUACUAAAGGCCUGCAUAUUUCUCCGUUUUCUUAUCUUCGAAACAAUCUAAUGCUUAGUCCCCCAAGCAUUAUCUUGAGGGGGGAUGUUAGCCUACAACCCAAACCACCAGAUUGUAACUCAUGA